UAUAGUGUUUGUUUUCUCAUGUGUAAUAUUGGCUGCCAUUAUAAAAGUUUGUGCCACACUUCAAUUGAAUUUGUUUGGCGUGUUCAUAGCUUGCCAUCAAACUGUCUUUUCGAGUUUUUACCGAAAGAAUUUGUAGCUUAUGAGAACCAAUAUGAAUAUUACAUCUGCAGCGGGUAUUAUCUCCCUUCUUGAGGAGCCAAUGCCGGAAUUGAAGGUAUUUGCUUUGAAAAAGUUGGAUAUGAUUGUGGAUGAAUUUUGGCCCGAGAUAUCUGAGGCUAUAGAAAAAAUUGAAAUUCUUCAUGAAGAUAAGGCAUUUCCUCAACAUGAUUUAGCUGCAUUAGUUGCUAGCAAAGUAUAUUAUCAUUUAGGAAGUUUUGAAGAUUCUCUUACCUAUGCUUUGGGAGCUGGAGAACUCUUUGAUGUCAAUGCUCGUAAUGAAUAUGUGGAUACUACUAUCGCUAAAUGUAUUGAUUAUUAUACUCAACAACGGGUUUUGGAAGCUGAAGGGAAGCUACCACCAGGUAGCAAAGGUAUUGACCCAAGAUUGGAAGGGAUUGUGAACAGAAUGUUUCAACGGUGUUUGGAUGAUAAUCAAUAUAGGCAAGCUUUAGGUCUUGCCCUUGAAACAAGAAGAAUGGAUGUUUUUGAAGCUGCAAUUAUGCAGUCGGAUGAUGUGAGUGGCAUGUUGUCCUAUGCUUUCCAAGUGGUCAUGAGUCUUAUCCAGAAUCGUGGUUUUCGUAAUACUGUACUUCGCUGCCUAGUGAGCCUUUAUCGUAACUUAGGAACGCCAGACUAUGUUAAUAUGUGUCAGUGUUUGAUAUUUCUUGACGAUCCACUAGCCGUUGCUGAACUGUUAGAUAGACUGAGUAAAGGCUCACAAGAUUGUGUUCUUAUGGCCUAUCAAAUUGCAUUUGAUUUAUAUGAAUCUGCCACUCAACAAUUCCUUGGAUGUGUCUUACAAGCUCUUAGAGCAACAGCACCCAUUCCAGGAGCUCUUAUGGUUAAACCAAUUGUGAAACCAGCUGUAAAAGUAGCUGCGGAUGCUACUGCAGAUUCUAAUACUAUGGAAACUGAAACCAGUACACCUGUUCCAGAAGAUAAAGCCGAACGUAGCGUUGAGAGUUUGAAUGCAGAAGAGCGUGAGCAACAGGAGCGCGUGGAUGCUCUGUCGAGUAUUCUAGGAGGAGAAAUUUCUAUUGAUUUGCAUUUACAAUUCUUAAUUCGUAGUAAUCAUACGGAUAUGUUAAUAUUGAAAAACACUAAAGAUGCUAUAAGAGUUUCUAUUUGUCAUACUGCCACUGUAAUUGCCAAUGCAUAUAUGCACUCAGGAACAACUAGUGACCAAUUUUUGAGGGAUAAUUUAGAAUGGUUGGCUAGAGCCACAAAUUGGGCCAAGUUAACUGCAACAGCGUCUUUGGGAGUGAUUCAUAGAGGUCACGAACAAGAAGCUUUAGCAUUAAUGCAAUCCUACCUUCCACGAGACACAGGUGCUGGAGCUGGUUACUCAGAGGGAGGUGGUUUAUAUGCGCUAGGACUUAUUCAUGCGAAUCACGGUGCAGCCAUAACAGAUUACUUACUUGGUCAGCUGAAAGACGCACAGAACGAGAUGGUUCGUCAUGGAGGUUGUUUGGGGUUAGGCUUAGCAGCGAUGGGAUCGCACAGGCAAGAUGUGUAUGAACAAUUAAAAUUCAAUCUUUAUCAAGAUGAUGCUGUUACUGGCGAAGCAGCAGGCAUUGCUAUGGGCAUGGUCAUGCUGGGAUCUAAAUCUACCCAGGCGAUAGAGGACAUGGUUGCGUACGCCCAAGAAACGCAGCACGAGAAGAUCCUUCGUGGAUUGGCGGUGGGCAUUGCGUUCACCAUGUACGGUCGCCUCGAGGAAGCCGACCCAUUGCUGACCUCUCUCUGCGCCGAUAAAGAUCCGAUACUUCGCAGAAGCGGCAUGUAUACCCUCGCGAUGGCCUAUUGCGGCACUGGAAACAAUCAAGCCAUCCGGAAGCUGCUGCACGUUGCCGUUUCCGAUGUGAAUGAUGACGUCAGGCGAGCUGCAGUCACUGGUCUAGGAUUCCUCCUGUUCAGGACACCGGAACAAUGUCCCAGCGUAGUGUCGCUUCUGGCGGAAAGCUACAAUCCCCACGUGAGAUACGGGGCAGCAAUGGCUCUAGGGAUCGCGUGCGCCGGCACAGGUCUGAAAGAGGCCAUCGCUCUGCUGGACCCUAUGACCAAUGAUCCCGUGAACUUCGUACGUCAAGGCGCCUUGAUCGCCUCCGCCAUGAUCCUGAUCCAGCAGACCGAGGCCACGUGUCCGCGCGUGAAGGACUUCCGGGCGUUGUACGCGAAAGUCGUCGUCGACAAGCACGAAGACGUGAUGGCGAAGUUUGGCGCCAUUCUUGCGCAGGGAAUCAUUGAUGCCGGUGGUCGUAACGUGACGGUGUCCCUGCAAUCGAGGACAGGCCACACGAACAUGCUGGCAGUGGUGGGCGCCCUGGUGUUCACCCAAUAUUGGUACUGGUUCCCACUGGCUCACUGUUUGGCGCUCGCCUUCACCCCGACCUGCCUGAUCGCUCUGAAUGCCCAGCUGAAAAUGCCGAAGCUGGAGAUCCGGUCGAACGCCAGGCCGAGCGUUUACGCUUACCCAGCCCCGUUGGAGGAGAAGAAACGCGAGGAAAGGGAGAAAGUCACCACCGCUGUCCUCAGCAUCGCUGCUAGGACCAGGAGACGCGAAUCCGAGAGACGCGCUCGUGACUCACACGAGAAGAUGGAAGUGGAUCCGCCAGAGACGAAGGAAACCGUGGAAGUGAAGGAGUCGUCGUCCAAGGAGAAAGAGGAGAAGAAGAAGGAGAAAGAGGAGAAAGAACCAAAGGAAACUAAGGAGACUAAGGAGACUAAGGAGACUAAGGAGACUAAGGAGACUAAGGAAACUAAGGAGACUAAGGAAACUAAGGAGACCAAGGAGACCAAGGAAACCAAGGAGACCAAGGAGACAAAGGAGAAAACUGAGAAAACUGAGAAAACUGAGAAAAAGGGCAAGGACGAAGCCGAGAAAAGCGAGAAGGAAAAGAAGGAAGCCGAGCCGAACUUCGAGAUACUUCAGAAUCCGGCUCGCGUUCUACGGCAACAACUGAAGGUGAUCCAGCUGGUGGACGGCAGUCAUUACGCUCUCGUGAAGGAUCUCCAAAUCGGCGGUAUCGUUAUGGUGAAGCAUAUUCAAACGGAUACCGAAGAGGAACUCGUGGAGCCGGUUGCUGCUUUCGGCCCGAAGCCGGACGAGGAGAAGGAAGCGGAUCCGCCGGUGCCGUUCGAGUACACCGAGGAUUAAAAAGUAUCAGCGCGUCGAAAACGCUUCCCGUGGCACCGUGUCCCGUAACAAUGGCCGCCACCGCCGCCGCCGCCGCUGCACAUGUAUACGCUCCGUAGCUGGUUCCUUGUAGGAGAACCAGUAAACAAAAAAGAAGACAAAAAAGCAAAGCAACACCGUCGCCAAACUUUUCCUUAUUUCUCUUGUUCGCUAUCCUGGCAGCGAUACUUUCCCCGUCGUUUCCCUUUUUCUCCAUUUUCCCUCUAGUUGCAUUACACUCGAGCUCACACAGUAACCGCGACUCGAUAUCUCCUAUCGAACUGCUAUCCCGUAUUCCGAGCAUCAAUAAAUAUCAUUUGCUUUCGUCGUCAGUGUGCGUGUCGUUUAUUGGAACCCUACUACCUUCUUAGCGUAAGGACGAGUUUGUUCUAUUUUCUUCUUUAACGCGUUCGCUACUGGUGUAUCAUGCAUACUUAUGUAUGUUCUUACAUAGGACGAUUUAUUAAGCUGUAAGAAGAAACAAAUAAUUCUUAAUAAUCAAUGAAAGUUUUCCAAGGACUUCAUUCCUUUUUAGGCACCUUUUGUUAAUAUACGUUCGAGAGGUAAGGAAUAACAAAUUAUCUUUUUUUAACAAAACAAAUAGUCACUUUUCCUUUAAAUUUUCUGGCCAAACUUUCUGACCAAUGCGUCGUUUUUGUGGAAUUUAACCUAUUAAUUUAAUUAUGAUUGAUACGACUACUUUGCUAUUAAUGGUUUGUUGAAAAAAGAGAAAAAUUGUAGGCAUAUUCUGUGUCUAUGUUUACUACAAAGUGUAAUUAUUGAUGAUAGAAGAGUAACGUUUAAUUUGAAUUCAACAGAGGUGAAUAAUAUUUAUGCUGGUGAAAUUUUGUUUAAAAUUUUCGCCAUGAGUCCGAAGUUACUAUAAGGCAGGAGAUAAAUGGAAUUUAAGGAACAAUGAAGUCGAGUUUGUAUCGUGUUAUAUCGUGAUUUUAAAUGGUAAACACGUGAUAGUUCACAAAGUGUUAAUCGUCGUAAAUGUGUGACGCUGGUAACGAAUGUGUGAACGUUAACGCUUUGACUGCCACGUUGUGUGCGAUUCUUAGGCUCAAGUAUUUAAUUUAGUUUUGUGGUCCAUCGAGUGAACUUAGUCGAAGUUUAUUGAAUUUAUUGAAUACAAGAAAAUUGGAUGAGUAAUUAUAAUAAAUCAUUGUUGAGCGAAAUCUUAAAUUGUCAAUUUUUUCUUUCGUUGAGUACAUUAUUUCAACUUUUAAACAACAUUAAAUUAAUCAUGUCUGGGAUAUCUAUUUUAUUUAUUGUCAUGAUACUAAUAUAAAUAUUACUUUGGAGAAAUUUAUAUCUGGAAGCCAGAUUAACCAAAGUCCUUUUUAUUAUUUUUCAGCAGGCCAGUUGUGGUCACACAUAGAGCAACACUGUACAUAAAACAAUUUAUGUCAUUAAACUGUUUGUGUUUAAUAUAAGAGACGGAGCAGUAAAAUAGUCUGUAUAACUCGAUUUAAAGAAUUAAAUGAAUUUUAGCUAGUCUGGCUUGUGGGUAUAGAAAUCAUUUUAAAAAUUAAAAAUUUUAUUCGCUUUGUGAACUUCUCUAGAUACUUCUCUGGCAGUCAACGGGUUAAAAUAGAAUUUUCUACUUUCUUAUUCGAUAUUUAGCUAUUAACUGUAACAAUAAACAAAUGCAGGGGUAAAUAAUCAGUGGGCUGUGGAUAUUUAACUGGAUUAAAAUGUAUAGAAUUCCAUUUUUUAAUAAAAAUAUAAAAUAAUAUAAAAUACUUUUUCUUCUAUUAUAGAUUUAUUUAAAUUCAUUGUAAAGGAGCAAAUUAAUUAAUCUUCCGCAUCUGGUGUACUGUGCAAAAUCCGCUGUCUACUGAUUAUAAAUUUAGUUGUAGAAUAAAGUAAUGCUCAAUAGGAUAUAAGUAUUAAAGGAUUAAUUUUUUAUACAACCUGAAUCACCUUUGAUUUUAUGCGAGUAGGAUAACCAAAUAAUUUAAUGUACUAGAAAAGUGGUAAGUAACUCUCUUUUUAAUAGAAAAAUAGUGUUAAACUUUUAAUAUUUAUAAACGAUGAUCAUUUGUUACCU